AUGCAGGCCCGUUCAGUCUUUACCUUCCUCGCCAUUUUUGUGGCCCUUUUCGCUGUUGCGAUGUCGACCCCGGUUCCCGAGUAUGGAAUUCCGCUUCCAGGUGCCGGUGAGAGCGUAGGCAGCUAUCUGACGCGCCUGCUUAAGCCCAUUCCAUUCGUUGGCGGUCUGCCUGAGCUGCUUGGUGCUAGCCCCCCGCCCAAGCCCCAGCAGCAGCAGCAGCCGGCACCUCAAAAGAAGCCUGCUAGCCCUCAGCGCCCUGCUGGUCCUGCUGGUCCUGCUCCCCGCCCUGCUGGUGCUCCCGGACAGGCUCCUCGUCCUGGUGGUGCUCCCGGACAGGCUCCUCGUCCUGGUGGCGUUCCAGGCCAGGCUCCUCGUCCUGGCGGUGCUCCAGGCCAGGCUCCCCGUCCUGGUGGUGCUCCGGGCCAGGCUCCUCGUCCCGCUGGGGCCCCGGGUCAGGCUCCCGGUGGCGGCUUCCCUGGUGGACUUGCCGGCCUUGGCAGACUCCCUGGCAUGUAA